AUGUACAAACAAAAGUCGCUGGAUCUGAGAGACAUGAACUAUGUGUACGAGAAUUCAUGGGUAUGGGUUAACAUCAAUUCGAUAAAAAAAAAAAAUGGAAAUUUAUAUAAAGAAAUAUUUGAAUAUUACAAAAAUAAGAAUAGAAUAUUUUGCUUCUUCAAGGGAAAAGUAAAACGCUUCGUGUCCAGCAGGGACGUAGAAAUAUGCAUCAGCAUAGACGACAAUUAUAUUAAUUUCAAAAACAACAUAAAUUAUAACAUCACAGAAAAUGUGAAAUAUUUAUUACCCAUUGACACAAAUUUUGGGUGUAGUGACAACACAGAAUUAAUAUAUUUAAAUCCUCCUAAUUUGUUAGAAAAUAUUCGUCAGAGAUAUAGUAAGGCAUAUUUAAAUGAAGGGACCAGAGAUUGUAUUUAUACUUACAUUGGGUACAUUUUGUUGUCAGUGAAUCCUUACGAGAAUUUUAAAAUAUACGAUGAGCGUUACAUGAGGAAGAUUAAAAAUGAGAAUAAUAUGUUUGCUGUUCCUCACCCUUUUUCCAUUGCCAACGAUGCUUACAACUGUAUGGUCAAGGAUAAGGUGAGCCAGUCCAUUAUUAUAAGUGGGGAAAGUGGGGCUGGCAAGACGGAGUCUUGCAAGCAGGUGUUGAGGUAUCUUACCUACUUGAGCGCUUGCCACUCGAGGGAGGAAGUGGCAGGAGUUGCACACAAAUUGGACACAUAUAACUACUCACGAAAGGGAGCUCCCCCGGGCGGAAGUAACAACCAGGGGGCGGGAAACGGCGACACGGCUGGUCCUCGCGCGAGGGCACCUUCGAAGGAAGACGGAAAGGACAAGUUCAACCCAAAUGUUAGGGAUGCUUCCAAGAGAGACGACAUAGACGGAAGAGGAUCCAAAAAUGGUUUCGAAAAGUGGGGAAGAGCCGUUCCGUUGAGGGAGGCAUGCUUCGUCACGGUUUCCACCGCCGCUUCUACAUACACGAGUGCACCGCCCACGAAACCCUCUACUGCCCCCUCCUCUUAUGAAGAGAAAAUUCAGAACAGCAACCCCCUGUUGGAAUCGUUCGGAAAUGCUAAGACCAUCAAAAAUGACAACAGCAGUAGGUUCGGAAAAUUGAUGAAAUUAAAUUAUGACGAGAAUGGCAUGUUACGCUCUGCGUCUAUUGAGACAUAUUUGCUUGCAAAGUCGAGGGUGGUUGAUGUUCCCCCCAUGGAAGGGAAUUACCACAUUUUUUAUUCCUUGUGUGAGAAUUCCAAAUUGCGUGAUGAAUUUGAUCUAUUGCCAUGGUACAAGUACAACUAUUUGAAGGCCCAAAAUGAUAUGAACAAAUCAGGCGACAGUUCCCCCAAUGGGAUGGAGGAUUAUCAGGGAUAUGAUGAUGUGCAGGGUACUAAUGUGGAGGGGAAAGGGAGGAAGAAGAAGAGCAGCAGGAGUAGGCAGAAAAAAGGGGACAAGACGGACGAAACAGAUAGGGAGGAUGUGGCCUUGGAUGUGGUCGACGCUGGAAAGGAUGAAGGUAAGAGCAAGAGGAGUAAAUUUAAGGGGAAAUCAGGAAACGAUUCACAUGCGAAUGAUGAUAGCGGGAAGACGAACAAAUGUUUAUACCAUUUGGACGCCAUUAUAAAGUGUUUUCACAGUAUAGGGGUGUAUGAAGAGGAACAGAAGGAGAUUUAUAAAACGCUUAUUUGCAUUUUGCUAUUGGGAAAUGUCGACUUUGUGGUUAACGAGGAGGAGGAAGGAGGGAUGCUCAAAAUUAAGAGUGUAGAGGUGUGCGAGAAGUUGGGGGACCUGCUUGAAAUUAGCAGUGACCAUUGUGGACAGAGCAUCUGUGGGAACGGUGGGGCGAACAAGAUCGUUGAAAUACUAACAAUAAAGAAAGUACGCGACACGCAAAAGAACUACACCUACCAGCAAGCCAUUUAUAACAGGGAUGUGAUAUCAAAGGCCCUGUACCAACUGCUGUUCGAGUACGUGAUAAUGCGUGUUAAUGACUCAUUGAGUGCGCGCGAGGAGGAGAUGGAUGAUCAACACGGGGAGAACGCGCACAUGGAGGGUAUGUCUGCUGAGGAGGAAUACGCUGACGGGUACAACGCGGAGUGCGAGGGGGUAGGGGAGAACGUGAAGCGUAGCAGAAGGAAAAGGAGCAGCUAUAGCGGAGUUAACACAGCGUACGCAGCACACACCGAUCGCGCUGCGCGGAGAAGCGGAAGGAAGACCUACUUCAUAGGUAUAUUAGACAUUUACGGAUUUGAAAAUUUUGCCAAGGAAGGCAUGAACUGCUUUGAACAGCUGUGUAUCAAUUACGCGAACGAAGUUUUACACGCUUUUUUUUUAAAGCAAAUAAUUCACAAUGAACACAAAAUACACUAUGAAGAAAAUUUGUUUCUGGAGAAAAUACCUUACCAUGAUAAUAGUAAUGUGAUCUCUCUUAUAGGAGACACUCGUGAUGUGAGUAUCUACACAAUACUGGAAGAUUUGUCUUUUCUUUUUUCAUCAAAUAAAUCAAACGAAGAGAGUAAUAGAAAUUUGUUUUAUGAGAAGUUAAGUAAAAAUGUCAUGAGCUCAGGCAAGUACAAAAAUAUUGUGAGGAAUUACAAAGCGUCGAGGAACUGCUUCAUCAUUUCGCAUUAUGCAGGAGAAGUCCUUUACGACUCCCAUGACUUUUUUAACAAGAAUGUAGACAUUCUCACUAACGAUAUUGAGGACUUUUUAUCAAGCUGCAAUUCGUUUAUCAGGACGAAUUUACUUAAAGGGAAGAGAUUUGUGUGUGGUAAGAGUAGCACAGAGAGGAAUGAUGCUAGGGGUAGUGGAAAAAUGAUGGAGCUGAAAAUUCAGGAAGGGGAAAAAUCAGGGAGGAGAAAAUUAUCCGUUAAGGAAAUGAUAUCCCAUCAUGAGAUUGAGUCCAGGGGAGUUCAUCCUGUACAUGUUCACGGGGAUGAUCUGUGUCUGAGUGAUGAGGAGGAGGAAGGGGGGGAUGUAGAGGGGAAGCAUCGACUUAGCGUCCGCAAUGGGGGGAACUCCAAUAACGUUCUUAUGCAUCACACAGGACGACGAAAGAAUAAAGUAAAGUCCAUUUUUUCGUCAUUCAAAAAACAGCUAGAAAUUCUGACGAACAAGUUAGACAAAACGGCUUCUAAAUUUAUCAGGUGUAUAAAACCAAAUGAGGAAAAGAAGGCUAAAUUUUUUAAUAAAAAUUUGGUGCUGAAUCAGUUAGUAAUGAGUGGAAUGGUGGAUGUCCUGAGUUUGAUGAAAAAUGGAUAUCCUUGUAGAGUGCUCUACGAUGAUGUGUGGAUUACCUAUAGUCACAUUUUGCAAGACGAAAUGAAAUCCUUCCUUACGCCAAAAAUGUUCUGCGAAAUUGUACUCAAAUUUUUAGACAUUCCCUCUAACGAAUAUACAUUUGGCAAAACGAAAGUUUUUUUCCGUUUUGGUGUUUUAUCCACCAUAAAUGAAAUAUUGAAUAAAAAUAUGGAGAAAAAAAAUAAAUUUAUUGAAUGUGUAUAUAAUUUUUGGCUACACAAAAGGAAGCGGACAAUGUUGAAAUUUGUCUUGUGCGGAUGCAGGUUUAAAAUGCUAAUAAAAAGGAUGAGAUGUAAACGUUUAAUGGAGCAUGGACUCUAUUAUUAUAAUAAUUUUUUGCUACAGAAAAAAAUGCAAAGUGUUCGAAAAAUCCUUUUUUAUUACUUUUAUGUGUAUAAGCAGAGAAUCUACUUCCUUCAAUUGAGAACAAGUUCCCUCAUCAUUCAGAAGCACAUUCGGGGAUACCUCGCACGGAAAAAAUAUUUACACUUAAAAAGACAAAUUAUUUUUAUUCAGGAUUAUUAUAUAUUUCAAGGGUACUUUAAGCAGAGAGUUAGGGCCUGCAAUAUUAUUAGGAAAAAUUGGCUCACUUAUAUCACCAAAUCUGACUACCACUAUGUCCGAAUGAGCAUUAUAAAAAUCCAGAGGGCCUUUCGAAAGUACAUGAAGGGGAAAUAUAUAAACUACUGCAUGAAGGUCGUUAAUGUGAAGAAGCAGCCCAAGCGCACUUACAGUGCGUUCGUGAAGAGUGAGAUUGUCCAGGGGAAGAAACUGAAGUUGGGGGUACAGGGGAGGACUCAGAUGCAAGUCACAAAAGGGGUGAAGCAUGAGAAAGGUCCUGAUCGACGAAUGGGCAAGCGCCCUUUCCAUGAGGAGGACCGAAUAGGAUCCUUCAUCUGUGUGGAGAGGACCAACCGCAGGCACUCGUUCGCGAUGGGCCAAAAAAUCGACGCCUCCUCGAGCAGAAGAAGCAGCCUCAAAAGAAGAAAAACAUGGAGCGCUCGGGACAGUGCCCCAAAGUAUGACUGCAACGGACAGAGGUACAGACACGCUGAAGCAAAUUAUAUGGACAGAGUUAUUUCGAAACAUACCAGAAGCCAUAUGAACAGAGGGAGUGCCUUGAGGAAGAAGGUCACAGGAAGUUUGACGGAGGAGAAACCAUUUAUGAGUGUUGGAUAUGUAGGGGUUAAGGAAAAGGGGCAAAUAAAUGGACGCAGUAGCCACAUUUUAGGUAAUGCUAGUGGGGAUAAGGGAAGAGGGAGAAACAAGUUUAGGUUCAGUAACAUGAGCAUAUGCGGUGACAACAUGCAUGCGAAGGGUAACGACCGGGGUGGCAAUAAAAGUGGUUCGCUCAGCAUGGGCAAAAGCCUCAUGAAAAGAAAAACGUACAAUCAUGCGAGUCUGCAAAACGACUGCGCCUGGAGCUACAAGAGGGAGAAAAAUAAAAUCUCAAAUUUGAUGAAAAACACCAUAUAUGAUAGAUACAUCAACAAGUACAAGCAGAAUUACAUGAACAGACAGAAGGAUAAAAAGAAGAAAUCGAUUUACAUAAAAAACAACUAUAGCAACAUCAGCAACAUAUACAGUGUUUACCGUCCUUCACGGGAGGAGAAGGUGGUGGCUGAAGAGUAUGACUUUGACCGUACGGACGCGCUCAUCAUUCCGGAGGACUUUUACGUGAGCGAGUCAAACAUUCCCGAUCCAGACAUGAUGCAGGAAAAUGAUGAAAAUUACCUUUUGUUGUGUGAUUAUCUGGACAACAAUUUGGAUUCGAAGAUCCCCCUAAUAGAGUUGAGUGCUUUCAAGUGCGCGUGA